AUGGCAAAUAUUAAAGCGUAUGCCACAAACUGCGAUCUGAGUUACAAAAACAUGCGAAAUGUGUAUGAACUUGCAGGUAAACUUAGCCAAAAUCCAAACUUAACUUCACAAGAGCAAGUUGGUUUCAUGGUUCGAUUUAAGGAUAUUGAACGGUUUAGGCAACAAUUCGAGGAGGCUUUUGCUAUUCUUAUGUCUAGUACUGAGUCUGUAAGUGACAAAUCUCGUGAGGAGUUGGAAAACAGAUAUUCAACUUUUAUGGAUAUGUUUUAUUCUGUUCAGGUUUUGCAUAGUUCAAUACAAACAAAGAGUAACAAUGCCAGUGGUUUUCAACACUCAUCAUCUAAAUCUGAACCUGCCUUUCAGCUUCCCAAGAUAUCUCUAAAUAGGUACUCAGGUGUGAGCGUAGAGUGGCCAAACUUCAUCUCAAUUUUCAACAGUCUAAUUCAUAAUAAUGAUAGUUUAAGUUCUGUUCAAAAGUUACACUAUUUAUUGAGUGUUUUGGAUAAGGAACCACUCUCUUUGGUAAAGCAUUUAGUAAUAUCUAGUGAAAACUAUCAAGUUGCUUACAAUUUAUUAACAGAACGCUAUGAAAACAAGAGAGUUAUCGCUGAUAAACAUGUAGAAGCAAUUCUUAAUUUGCCAAAUUUAACACAAUUAAAUUUAAAAACUUUAACAAAAUUCUUAUUCACCAUUAAAGAGAGCACUCAAGCUCUUGAUGCCUUAAACAUGAAUACUAAAUCAUGGAGUUCUCUUUUACUUCAUAUAAUUCUUAGAAAAUUGUCACUGGAUUUAAGAAGCAAAUUUGAAUCUCAAGUUGACAUUAAAACUAUACCUACAUUUGAGAAUUUAAUUAAAUUUUUGGAAAAUCAAUUACAUGUUUUAGAAAAUGUUAGUGCUUCUAUACAUAGGGCUUCUACUAGUAGUACAUUAACAGUCAUUGAAUCAAACAAUAAAAAUAAACUUAGUACAAUUAUUUGUCCUUGCUGUCAGGAUAAACAUAGUCUAUAUUACUGUUCUAAAUUUGAUACAAUGACUCCGGAACAAAGAAAAUCCUUUGUUUUUCAACAUAAACUCUGCUUUAAUUGUUUAAGAACUCAUCAUAUUUCAAAAUGCAUUUCACAAAGUGUAUGCAGAGUAUGUCGUGGCCGACACCAUACAAAGCUACACAUCUCAUCCGAUCAACUGAAACCUUACCCAAAAGAUAAUGAAGUUGCUGUGUCGACAGUGGGUUCCAUAGCUCAACUUCAAUCUAUCCAUGGUGUCGAAUGUAAAUCCACUAUGAUUUUGGGUACUGCUAUUGUCAGUGUACGAGAUGUCAAUGGAUAUUACCAUUCAGCUCGUGCUCUCAUCGACAAUGGUUCUCAGGUUUCAAUUGUAACCGAAAAUCUUGCACAACAACUUAGACUGCCACGUUCACCGUCUAGCAGUGUUCUUGGUUUAGGUGCUUCAUCAGCUCAGCAUAGUCGAGGAAUGAUACACUGCAACAUAAAAUCUUUUAUGGAUCCUACCAAGACCAUAUCAACUAAUUGUAUCAUCCUAAAACGCAUAACAGGUAAUCUCCCAUCAGUUAUGGUAAAUAAAUGCAUUUUAGAUAAAUGUAAAAACUUAGUCUUGGCUGAUAACAACUUUUCAAUGCCGGGAAAAAUAGAUGUUCUUUUAGGUGUUGACUGUUUUAAUAAAAUUAUUGAUGGUGAACAACGUAGCCUGGGUGAAGACAUGCCCACUGCGCAUUCAUCCAUCUUAGGUUGGAUCAUCAUGGGCAAGGCUCCCACAGCAUCGCAGCAGACUUGUGGUGUGGUCUCCAUGGCCUGUACCACAGAUAUUAAUUUUAACCUUUCAAGGUUCUGGGAAUCUGAAGAACCUCCCAGUCAACCUAUACAAGAUCCUGAAAACAUUAUUUGUGAAAAACACUUCACUAACACUCACACAAGGGAUAGCACUGGUCGUUUCAUCGUGCGGUUACCUUUCAAAGUGGAUCAUAAACCUUUGGGUGAAACACACACCAACGCCUUAAAGCGAUUUCAUAAUUUGGAGCGUCGCAUGCUUAAGGAUGAGAAGUUGCAUGAACUUUAUGUUGCCUUCAUGAGGGAUUACAUUGAAGCUGGCCAUAUGCGUCAAGUGUCAGGUCCAGUAUCAAGUGACCGAUAUUAUAUUCCCCAUCAUGGUGUGCUACGCGAACACAGUAGUACCACAAAACUUCGUGCUGUAUAUGAUGCAUCAGCCUCUAGCUCUACAGGUGUUUCACUUAAUCAGGUACUUAUGUCCGGUCCCAAACUUCAAAAAAAUAUUGAAGAUAUUAUUUUGCGAUUUCGACUCCACAAAAUUGUCUUCACAUGCGACAUAAAACAAAUGUAUCGACAGGUGCGCAUGCAUGAUGACGACUGCAGAUACCAAACUAUCUUCUGGCGCGCUUCUCCUGCUGAACCCUUGAAGCAGUACGAGUUAACUACCGUAACAUACGGCGUCACGAGCUCUGCUUAUCAAGCUAUUCGCGUCAUUCACGAGUUAGCUCAUUUAAAUACUAGCCAAUAUGCUGAGGCUUGUAGGGUGUUGCUAGCAGAUACAUUCGUAGAUGAUAUAGUUAGUGGGUCUCAUUGUCUUGAUUCUGCUCAGCAAUUGCAGCAAAAUCUGGUUGCCAUUCUCUCUCAAGGCGGUUUCGAUUUGCGCAAGUGGUCAAGCAACUCAAAGGAGUUCUUGGAAUCUUUCACCUCCGAUCAUUGCGAGCCACCAUACCGUUUCGAGGAGCAUGGUGACAACAUCUUCAAAAUUCUGGGCAUCGAAUGGAACGCAAAAACGGAUAGCUUCAUCUAUCAUGUCUCAAACAUGAGUAAUGUCAUGACCAUGCGUGGCGUUUUGUCUAACAUCGCGAGACUUUACGAUCCAUGUGGAUUUUUAGCUCCUGUCACUUUCUACGCCAAGCACCUUAUGCAACAGCUGUGGUCAACACAAAAGAGUUGGGACGAUCCACUUCCCCCUGCUAUACAAAAAUCUUGGUCGGAAUUAAUAGCAGAUUUUCCUCAUCUUAAUAAAGUAUCUAUAUCACGUUACGUUAUCACUGAUCAACCGUUUGUAUGUCAAUUGCACGGUUUCAGUGAUGCGUCCGAGCGCGGGUAUGCCGCUUGCAUCUAUCUGCGUAUUCAAAAUACUCAUGGUAAUUAUGUUAAAUUAUUACUUGCAAAAUCACGGGUAGCACCACUCAAACAAAAACUAACUAUUCCCAAAUUGGAAUUAAACGGUGCACUUUUACUCAUUCGCUUAACCAAACACGUGUUUGACAUUUUAAAUGUCAAAAUGUCAAUCACUACUGUCAUUGCUUGGUGUGAUUCGAACAUAGUCCUAUCGUGGCUUAAAACUUCACCUCACAAACUUCAAACUUAUGAAGGGAACCGUGUAUCCCAAAUCCAAAAUUUAUUUUCCAAUGUCACGUGGAAACACGUACCGUCCAUGAUGAAUCCAGCUGAUUCAGCUAGUCGAGGCCUUACUCCUACUGAAUUAGUUGAUCAUCCCCUAUGGUGGUGUCCAUCAUGGCUUGAAAUGGACGUUUCAACAUGGCCUAAUGAAUUAUCAGAACUUAGCGAAGCCGACUUGCCUGGUGUACGGUCCUCCUAUCCUGCAGCUUAUGUCACGCAUACUAUUACGGAGCCUCCUUUUCUCACCAAGUACAGCUCGUUUACCAAGUUACGAUGUAUAGUAGCUUGGUGCAAACGUUUCUGUCACAAUCUACGCAAGCCUUCACAACGAAGAACUGGACCAAUUAGUGUGGCCGAGUUGAUUGAUAGCACUCACACUAUCAUUCGAUUGGUUCAGUCUUCGGAAUUCUCUGAAACAAUUAAAAGGCUACAGGAAAACAAAUCUAUUAAAGAGUUGUCUACUGAAGCGUUUCUUGCAUGCUUCGAUCGGUUUGUUUCUCGUAGGGGACUUCCUAGCGACGUGUUUAGCGAUUGCGGUACCAAUUUUGUUGGUGCUCGGAAUUAUCUAAAAGAUGUUACGCAACAUAUUAUAAAUUCUCAUGAGGAAAUCCAUAAAUAUUUAGCUCAUCAACAAAUAGUUUGGCAUUUGAAUCCUCCCGCCAGUCCACACAUGGGUGGUUUAUGGGAGAGUGCUGUUCGCUCUGCCAAAUUAAUCAUUACUCGUGUAAUUGGCGAUCGCUCACUGGUCUACGAAGAAUUAGCUACCAUCUUCACUAAAGUAGAGGCUGCUCUAAAUUCACGUCCUUUAGUACCUAUGACAAAUGAUCCAAAUGACCUGGACGUUUUAACUCCUGGCCAUUUUAUCAUCGGUAAACCUCUUCAGGCAUUACCUGAAGAAAAAAUAAUAGAAUCAAAUCUUCUCAAGCGUUGGCAGUUAGUACGGCAAAUAACUCAGCAUUUUUGGAAGCGUUGGCAAUCCGAAUAUCUUCAUACAUUACAACAGCGACCCAAAUGGCUUGCUAAACUACCUAACGUUCAAGUAGGCGAUUUGGUUUUGCUGAAAGAUCCCGGUUUGCCACCAUUUCGUUGGAAAAUUGCUAGGGUAACUAAAAUUUGUCCAGGUUCUGACGGUACUGUUAGGGUGGUAGAGUUGAAAACUUCUACUGGUAUGUUACUUCGACCAGUAGUCAAGAUUUGUCCAUUAUUACCUUGUGCCUAA